GAGUGAGUUCUUCGAAGAUGAAGCUGGCAUUGUAGGUCAAAAAAGUGUUUUAGUUUUCUUCCUUGCUUUCCUUCUAGGCCAAAAAAGUAACACGUUCCCCCUUUCGGCGGAAUUUUCAGCCAGGGGUUUCACAUUGAAAAAUGGAGGCUUGCGCUCUCUUUGUAGUAUGUGAAUGGCUGAAUGCAAACAUUGCUCUCUUUCUUGAGAAAGAAUACGAUGGUCAAGCUCAACCAAAUACUGAGAUGGCUAAAGAAACCAAAGGUAGUGAGACUUGUAUGUCUUGCUUCAUCUGUUGUUGGAUUGCUCUGUUAUGCACUCAGUUCCUCUUUCAACCAUUUACUGGGAAACUGGAAUGCAUACAGCCUGGUCUCUUGUGCUGCUUUUGCUACCAUGUCACUUGGCUUGUCAAAUCUUACUCAAUUUGGAUUCCAGAUCGAUCUACUAUAUUUNUUCUGCGGAGGUCUACUAGUACAACUCAUGAAGAUCAAAAUGUGGUUAGUCAUUGUCGGAGGGGGCUUCAGUUAUUCCCUCCUUCAGCUUUGUGAUUAUCCGCGUCAAACACAACGGGAGAAUCUUCCCCUCCAGCUCCAAAAUCUAGUAAACAUUCAAGUUGAUCCACAGAGUGUUAGUAGUAGCAGUCAUGAAGAAGCUUAUGGUGAUGUUAAUAGUACUCAAGGCACCUCACCAGAAGAUGGGGAUCUUAGAUUCCAAGACCAUCUGCACACUCAAAGUAAUUCACCUUCACAAGAUGGAAUCCAGCAACAACUUAUGAAUUGUAUAAAGGAGCUUAAGAAGGAGAAUAAGAAGCUUGUUCCCUUUGUCUGUCGUCAAGUGGACAAAUACCUUGAAGCCGAAUUUGGCUCCAAAGAAGAACCGUGUGCUGAUGACAACUUGGUGUUGGAUGCACUUCCAUUGGAAAUUAUGAGGCGCCUUAAGGAAAUCGUGCAGCUGAUGGUGGAUGCAGGUUUCGUGGAGGAAUGCAGCGACAUUUACAGCACAUGGCGAAGGGAGUUUGUAGAACAGUGUCUACGAGAACUUCUGCCAUUUCAGUUGCCCAUCAAAAAGGACUUUAUGAAGUGGUCAGCAGCGUGCAAGGCAACUUGGAAGAUGUUUUUUCCCAAUGAAAGAAGACUCUGCCAUUUCCUCUUUUCAGGUUUAUCUGUCGCUGCGGAUGUCUCUUUCGAGAAAUUUUGCAAGAGUCUGACGAUUGUUCUACUGAAACAUGUCCAUACCAUAACAACUCAGAGCUAUACGCAGCAUACGCUUCUCAUCGACGCCCCUAGCAUGUUGAUGCCAUUGGAUGAGCUGGAACCGGAGUUCAUCGCUUAUAACAAUUUUUCGUUCGUAUGUUAUGUUCGAGACAUUCAGCAAAGAUUGGCUAUAAUAAACAGCUUUAGGUUUAUUAUUUACCCUGAUAUUGUGGAGGCACCUGCUACCGACGGAGGGCUUCAUCUCAUUACUAAGGAAUCAAUGAACUACAUCCUUGGAAUUUGUGAAGGUAUGAUAAACCAGAGGGAUGGUCAAACUUACUGCAUCGAAAAUUCUUCAUUUUGGGUGGUGAUAGGAAAGAUGAUUGAGUUGUUAGAGAGCGAGUUGGAACUCGAGUCUACACGCUUAUACGGUAACCCCGCAUUGCGCUAUAUUUUUAUGAUCAAUAAUCUCACGUACAUAAAGCAAAAGAUGUGUGAUUUGAAAUUCGACGAUGAAUGGUUUCAACGACGCAAAGGAAAGGUGACACAGAAGGGUAACCUGUAUAUGAGUACGUGGAAGAAGAUGAGGGAGUUUUUGAAGGUUGAAGCUUAUUAUGUGGCAGCGGAGUUAAUGAUAAAAAAGAUCCGUUUGUUCAACCUGCACUUUGAGGAGACAUGCACAAUUCAAUCUACAUGGACGGUCUCUAAUAAACAGCUGAGGAAACGAAUAAUAGAAGGCAUUGAAGAGUUCUUGUUGCCAGAAUAUGAAAAAUUUUGUGACAGCUUUCUAUCUGUUCUUGGUGAUGAAGCUUACGAGUAUAUUAAGUUUAGAUCUCCAGACAUUCAAAAUUAUCUCAGCCAUUUGUUUAUUUGAGAUGAGGAGACCAAUCUGAAAUACAAGAAAAAUAUAUAAAGUUUGCAAUAAUUUAGAAUAAAAAAUUUC